CGGCCAGCCCGGGCCGGGGCGAGAGUCCGGUUUGCUAGAACCCUACGGAAAUGGCAGCCUGCGCGGUGGAAGUGUUCGGGCUCCCGGAGGACGAGGAAAAUUCACGAAUCGUGAGGGUAAAAGUUAUAGCUGGAAUAGGCCUUGCCAAGAAGGAUAUCUUGGGAGCUAGUGAUCCUUAUGUGAGAGUGACGUUAUAUGACCCAAUGAAUGGAGUUUUUACAUGUGUGCAGACGAAAACCAUUAAAAAGACUUUGAAUCCAAAGUGGAAUGAAGAAAUAUUAUUCAGACAGAAUGCUUUCAAGGCGCACCCAAGUUGUGUUUCCAGCAUCCUCCAGCUGCUUCAUCACUCCCGUCCCUGCUUCAUCUGCUUGCUAGUCCACCCUCAGCAGCACCGGCUUCUUUUUGAAGUGUUUGAUGAAAAUCGAUUGACAAGGGAUGAUUUCCUAGGUCAAGUGGAUGUUCCUCUUUAUCCAUUACCGACAGAAAAUCCAAGAAUGGAGCGACCAUAUACAUUUAAGGAUUUUGUUCUUCACCCAAGAAGUCAAAAAUCAAGAGUUAAAGGUUAUCUGAGAUUAAAAAUGACGUAUUUACCUAAAACCAGUGGCUCUGAAGAAGAUAACACAGAACAGGCUGAGGAACUAGAGCCUGGCUGGGUGGUUCUGGACCAACCACAGGCCACUUGCCAACUGCAGCAGCAACAGGAACCUUCUCCUCUGCCUCCGGGAUGGGACGAGAGGCAGGACGUCCUCGGAAGGACCUACUACGUCAACCAUGAGUCUAGACGGACACAGUGGAAGAGGCCGACCCCUCAGGACAACCUAACAGAUGCUGAGAGCGGUAACAUGCAACUGCAAGCACAGCGUGAAUUUACCACCAGGCGGCAGAUAUCUGAGGAAACAGAAAGUGCCGACAGCCGAGAGUCUUCUGAGAACUGGGAAAUUAUAAGAGAAGAUGAAGCCGCCAUGUAUAGCAAUCCGACCUUCCCCUCGCUUCCAUCAUCAAGUAACUUGGAUGUUCAGACUCAUCUUGCAGAAGAAUUGAAUGCCAGACUCGCGACUUGUGGAAAUUCAGCCACCAGCCAGCCAGUAUCCAGCUCAAAUCAUUCCAGCAGAAGCAGCAGCUUACAAGCCCACAUGUUUGAGGAACAGCCUGCACUUCCUGUGCUUUUGCCUACUUCAUCUGGAUUACCACCAGGUUGGGAAGAAAAACAAGAUGAAAGAGGAAGAUCAUAUUAUGUAGAUCACAAUUCCAGAACUACUACGUGGACGAAACCCACUGUACAGGCCGCAGUGGAGACCAGUCAGCUGCCAUCCGGCCACAGCUCCGCGAGCCCUCAACCACAGGCCCUGCCCAGUGACUCGGCACAGCAGGUGACCCAGCCUUCUGGAAUCGAGCACCGAUUCCUUCCUGAGGGCUGGGAAAUCCGGCAUGCACCCAACGGGAGGCCUUUCUUCAUUGACCACAACACCAAAAGCACCACCUGGGAAGAUCCAAGAUUGAAAAUUCCAGCUCAUCUGAGAGGAAAGACAUCGCUUGAUCCUUCUAAUGAUCUGGGGCCUUUACCUCCUGGAUGGGAAGAGAGAACUCACACAGAUGGAAGGAUCUUCUACAUAAAUCACAAUAUAAAAAGAACACAAUGGGAAGAUCCCCGGUUGCAGAAUGCAGCAAUAACUGGACCAGCAGUGCCCUACUCCAGGGAUUACAAACGAAAGUAUGAGUUCUUCCGAAGAAAGUUGAAGAAGCAGAAUGACAUUCCAAACAAAUUUGAAAUGAAACUUCGCCGGGCAACUGUUCUCGAGGACUCUUACCGAAGGGUCAUGGCUGUCAAGAGGGCGGACUUCCUCAAGGCGAGGCUGUGGAUUGAGUUUGAUGGCGAAAAGGGGUUAGAUUACGGUGGAGUCGCCAGAGAAUGGUUCUUCCUGAUCUCUAAAGAAAUGUUUAACCCUUAUUAUGGGCUGUUUGAAUAUUCAGCUACGGAUAAUUAUACCCUACAGAUAAAUCCGAACUCUGGGCUGUGUAAUGAAGAUCACCUCUCGUACUUCAAGUUCAUAGGCCGAGUGGCUGGAAUGGCUGUGUAUCAUGGAAAACUGCUGGAUGGUUUUUUGAUUCGGCCAUUUUACAAGAUGAUGCUACAGAAACCAAUAACACUUCAUGAUAUGGAAUCAGUGGAUAGUGAAUAUUACAAUUCACUAAGAUGGAUUCUUGAAAAUGACCCAACAGAACUGGACCUCAGGUUUAUCAUAGAUGAAGAACUUUUUGGACAGACACAUCAACGUGAGUUAAAAAAUGGCGGAUCAGAAAUAGUCGUCACCAAUAAGAACAAAAAGGAAUAUAUUUAUCUUGUGAUACAGUGGCGAUUUGUGAACCGAAUACAGAAGCAGAUGGCUGCUUUCAAGGAGGGGUUUUUUGAACUAAUACCACAGGAUCUCAUCAAAAUUUUUGAUGAAAAUGAACUAGAGCUUCUUAUGUGUGGAUUGGCAGAUGUGGAUGUGAAUGACUGGCGAGAACACACGAAGUAUAAGAACAACUACAGUGCAAACCAUCAGGUCGUACAGUGGUUCUGGAAGGCUGUUUUAAUGAUGGAUUCAGAAAGAAGAAUACGCUUGCUCCAGUUUGUCACUGGCACGUCCCGUGUGCCUUUGAAUGGAUUUGCUGAACUGUGUGGCUCAAAUGGACCACAGUCUUUUACAGUUGAACAGUGGGGUACCCCUGACAAGCUACCAAGAGCUCAUACCUGCUUCAAUCGCUUGGACUUGCCGCCAUAUGAAUCAUUUGAAGAAUUAUGGGAUAAACUUCAGAUGGCAAUUGAGAACACUCAGGGUUUUGAUGGGGUUGAUUAGGUUACACAUAACCAUCUACCAUGUUUUACUGCCAAAAUGUUUUAGAAACAAAAUCUUCACUUAAAUUUUCCAGGGAACUCCUAAAAACUUGGCCAUUGAUUCUUCCCAGAUACUUGAGAAAAUCAUAUCUAAGCAUGAGGAGACGGAGUAUGACAGCUUAACCGUCAUUUCAGUCACUUUACAUACUGCAUUGUAUUUACACGGUUGUUUCUUUGUAUCUUCAGAGUCACACUACAGGGUAUGCAAGUCCUGUGUCCUGAAGUAGUGAGUUUUGUUCUUAACAUAUACCUCUUUUACAGCAAUUGCCAGGCAGUUCUUUCUUAAACUACUGAAAUUCUAACUGUGAAAUAUUUGUGAUAAGUGUUAUGUGUGAAAAGUUGGAUGCUUCUUGAGAAGAAAAACUGAAAUUUGGAGAAAAAAAUAAGUUACUGUUGAGUCAACGGCAAUCUCUUUAGUGCUGCUUGCAGCUAUUUAUUAUAAUGUAGACAUGCCUAACGCACCUUACUGCCCAGAUUUGUGGAAAAACUUUGUAAAGUGUGUUACCUAUAUUUUUAGUCAACUGAUCCAAUUGCAGAAAACUGUUUACUUCUUCAUUUUAAAAGUAUUUGACUUUUGUUAAUAUGUAGUUUUACUGAACAAAGUGAUUCAUAAGAUAUGUGAAUCAAGUUCAAAACCACAAUGAGUGAAAAGUAUUGAAGCUUUCCUCUUGCCUAUAUAUCCUUAUGGUUCCUUGACAUAAGUCACCACGUUUUCAGGUUUUCGUGUGGUUAGAAGAAUUCCUUCCUCAAACAUUAAAGUAAAGCCCCAUGAAGCAGGAAUUCUAAGUCGCUUUGAAGAACAAAGCUCAGCGUACAGUACUUGGCCCUUCCUAGUCGUUCUUCACACUUGCACAAUUAAGUAGUAAAUACACGUUUACAGGGUUUAUUAUGUUUACAGAUUAAGCUAAUUUCUGUAGUUGCUUUUUUAUAUUUUAGUACUUCACUUUAGUAAAAAAAAAAAAAAAAAAUUGUUGAAAAAUAAC